AUGGGGUUAUUAAAGAAACUUUAUAGCCUUCUAAAUACGUGCCUAAAAGAAACUAGGUUAGAACAGAUAAUUUAUGUCAUUAUUAUUAUUACCGUAUUAUUACACUGGUAAUCUAAUAAUCUAGUUCGAUAGGUGGCGAUAAUGCACCUCUGCGCUGGAUUUCCAACCGCUAAUCAAAGCAAGAAGAAGAAGGAAAAACAAGAAUAAAAAGCAGCAGUUGUAUGCACAAUCUGUGGCAAUAGCAACUUUCUUUUUCUAAGGGGGGACCAACCAGCUGCCAAUAUGUCAAGCAAAAGGGCCAAGGGGAAGAACACCAAGAAGCGUCCCCAGCGUGCCACCUCCAAUGUGUUUGCUAUGUUUGAUCAGUCCCAAAUCCAGGAGUUCAAGGAGGCCUUCAACAUGAUCGACCAAAACAGGGAUGGAUUUAUUGACAAAGAAGAUCUUCAUGACAUGUUGGCAUCAUUAGGUAAGAACCCCACAGAUGAGUACCUGGAAGCUAUGAUGAAUGAGGCACCAGGUCCGAUCAAUUUUACUAUGUUCCUGACCAUGUUUGGAGAGAAGCUGAAUGGCACAGAUCCUGAAGAUGUGAUCCGCAAUGCUUUUGCCUGUUUUGACGAGGAAGCCACAGGUGUGAUUCAGGAGGAGUACCUGCGAGAGCUGCUCACUACGAUGGGUGACAGGUUUACAGAUGAAGAAGUGGACGAGCUCUUCCGUGAGGCCCCUAUUGACAAGAAAGGCAACUUCAACUAUAUAGCAUUCACACGCAUUUUAAAACAUGGUGCAAAGGACAAAGAUGACUAGCGACAGAAACAGCACUGGUCAGAUGAAGUUUAUUCUUUAGACCCUGUGUAUUGUUCAUGUGUUUCCACUUAAGGUAGAAAAGUUCUAUCCUGUAAUUUGGCUCAUGGCAAAGCUUCACUGUGGUAUUACCUGCUGAAGGUCAUUUGUUUAUGCUGGUUGUUGAACCAGACCUCUGGACCCCCCUCCACACUUAAAGCUCACUUGCACAUCAGUGAUAACACUAGUAAGGGUCUGUAUAAGGUUGUAAAUGUGUAUGUAAAGACCCCAUGGAUAAAGCUGGAAAUAAACUAAAACAAUGUC